UGAAGGAAUUGUGCGGCGCAAUCAAUGCAGAUAUCGUUUAAAACUUCAAUUUCAGCCUUUUAUGCUGUAAAACUCACCCUUAUGGAGACCUACCGAAUGCCAUAGUGAGCGCUUGCUUGGCUGCGCUCGACAGCUCGAACUGAAUAGUGGAGCGGAUAGGGGCGGCUGAAGAAGUAAACACCCGCCACGGCACAGCACGGCACGGCGUAGAGGGUCGCGCGAUAGGGACAAACAAUGCACGCGGACUCUGUCUCGCGCAGGCAGCUCGCCGGGCGUCAGCCGACCAGCUGCAGCUUGUGGGUAGGAAUUCCGCAAUGUGCGCAGGACAUGCAGGCCAUAUGGCAGGGCAGGCUGAACAACACAAUGGGCCACUCAGUGGCACACCAACGCCAGGGUGGUGGAACCGACAUGCGACACAAGCCAAGCGCGGCUCAGAAACAUGUUUAGCUUCCUGCGAGCGGCAGUCGACAACUGCAACGCGGCCAGGACACAUCUAGUCAUCGAAUCAAAUCUGUGCUGCUGCAUACCAAAAACUGUACUCACUUCAGAUGAUUCCAAACACAGAAACCAUUGCCACGGCGCAGGAGAGCUGUGCGACUGUCGCAAGCGAGCGAAACUUGUGCGAGGAAAGCCGCUGCAAUCGGCUCCAGACAGCGGUAGAUGUCUAUCAUCGAAUAUUGGAGCACAUGCAGAGGCAAUCAGCCUGCCAAGAAGCCUACAACUAUGCACAAAAUCCGUACGACGAGGUGUUGAAACAAAUUUGGAUUGCAGCCUUUACAGGAGGCAAUUUAUACUAUCGCGCGUAGCCCCACACGUUAAGAAUUAAUUUCGAGUAUGAAGAAUAUAAGUUUUUAAAUUGUUAAAUAUGUAUAUAACUAAUAAUAAUGAACAUUAAUCAUUAAAUAUUUAUAAAUA